UGCUGCCCCAAUUUAAGACUUGCUGCACACAACAAUGGCAGACACUUGAGAAGAAGUGCGGAGCGCGGUGCAGUAAAUGACUGCUGCAAGCCACUGCAAGAGUACAUGGAAGACAGAAGAGGAGUCCUAAUACUGAGGAGGAAUUAUUCUAUCGUUGGUUAUAACAACACCAGGGACGUGCGGCCUGUAGUGUCAUCUGUCAACAGCUAGCGAUGGAUGCCAUUCAUACCCAGGGAAUUUGGAUAGCAGAGUCCUUGCAGCUGUCAACGAAACAAUAUGAGCACAUAUGGCUCUUCGCAUCUCACAUGGGUGACCCGAAAGCGGCGUUCUUGUUGAUAUUUCCUCUGACUUACUUCUUCAGCCGACAAACUGGCGUAGCCGUGGUCUGGGUUGCUGCUAUAUCGGAGUGGCUCAACCUGGUGUUCAAAUGGAUUCUUUUCGGAGAACGGCCAUACUGGUGGAUAAAGGAAUCCGGCCUGUUUGAGAAGAACCCGCCUCAACUACAGCAGUUUCCCUCUACCUGUGAAACAGGACCAGGUAGCCCCUCUGGUCACAUGAUGAUCACGGGAGCGGUGUGGUGGGUGAUGGUGUCCUCCUUGGCCUCAAGAAUACAUGCUUUGACAGGCAGUAAGCUGGCGGCUAGCGUGCCGUACUUGAUCUACGUCCUGCUGCUGGGGGUCAUCGGCCUCUCUCGGAUCUUCAUACUGGCCCAUUUCCCUCACCAGGUCAUUGCUGGGUUCCUGACCGGUAUUGCUCUUGGUGUGUACCUGAGUCGCUCCAUUCCGAAAUCCCAGUCCUUGCUCUUCUUCCUGCGCAUUAGCAUGGGAAUAGUGGUGGGAACGCUGGGACUCCACACCGCCCUGGAGAAGGCCGGAAUCCCGUUGUCCUGGUCAGUGGCACUGGCAAAAAAAUGGUGUUCUCACGCUGAAUGGGUUGGCCUGGACACCAACCCCUUCUCCUCCAUCGUGCGGGCCGGCGGGGCCUUGACAGGCCUGGGGCUCGCCCAGUCCUGGAAGCCCGGCGGAUGGAGGCUCCCCUGGGCCCCGCGGGCUCUCUGCGUGGCCCUCUCGGCCAUGGCCCUCCACCACAUCAACCGCAUCAACCUGCCCAUGGACUACCCCGUCCUCUUCUACACGCUCUUCUUCGUCAAGUACACCAUCGUGCCACAGGUGGUCAUUCUGUUCAUCCCUGGCGUCGUCCAUUUCCUCACCGCCAAAGCCAAGAGGGAUUGAAUACGCUUCCGUCAUCCCCUGGCUGGCAUGUGGGGUUCCAAACGGGCAUCGCUUGAGGGCAUCAAACGCAUCAGAAGCUCUCCAGCGUCUCAGACCAGCAGCUUGCGUUUGAUUGCACAUUUGAGUACUUUUUAGAGCAUCACAGCUUUGGGGCAGCGUACAUACAGUAGGGCACUUAAACCAUCCAUGUUGAGUCACUUCAUCAGGGAAUAGAGCUAAACAUGCUGUUUUUGCUCUUCUUUUCAGCUCAAAGUGUCAGCGGUUGAAAUUGAUUUUAAAUUGAAAGACUGCUGGUGUGUGUAAAUAGCGUUCUGUUGAUGCUUUUUAAAGGGGUUGAGCCUGCCUUGCAAUUAUUCUGGAUAUUUUUCAUUGUUAUUCAUUUUUAUCAUUUUCAAAGACAUUUUUUACCAUCUUAAGUAAAUACCAAAAUGUAACUAGUAUCUGUAAGAAUUACACUUAUUUCCAUCUAUGAAUAACUGGAAAUAUCUCAUCACAAACAUUUAAUCUGUGCCAGACUUUCAAGAGCUCAGUGUUUGGUUAUGUGUACGAGAGACUCCCUCUGCUGGUAGGAACAUAUUAUUGCUCCACAGGAGAACACUGCUGCAGUGCCACUAGUUGCUUUUGAAAAGGAGGAGAGUGCUGAUACUGCUAAAUAUAUGGUGCGCAUGUCCUGCUUGAUUGUGUAGUAGAUACACUUGCAUUUGGGAUCUUUGGCAAAAAAAUGUCUUACAUCUCUCUCUCUCUCUCUCUCUCUCUCUCUCUCUCUCUCUCUCUCUCUCUCUCUCUCUCUCCCUCUCUCUAAGGAAUAGAACAAUUUGAGGAAAAUAAUCCAAUUGCGUUUGUUCUGAAAGAUAUUGCGGUUUGAUUUUCGAUAUAUUUUUUUUUGCUGUACAUGCAUACUGCUGCUCAUGGUGCUUUUUAAAAUGUUGGUCCAUGUUAUUUGUGUUCCCUCAGGAGAUUACCUUGGAAAUCCAGAGUUAUCGCGAGAGCACAAUUUGAGUUUGUUCAGCGACUCACUCUGGCAAUCAGUAAUAAUAGGCUCAUUCGACUUCAUGUAGCCGUUUUAAGAUGACUGCAGACGAGACUAUUUCUGACAUUCUGAUGCGUUUUUCAAACCAGAAUUGGACACACGUCAUGGUUGAAAACGUAUCAGAAUGUCAGAAAUAGUCUCGUCUGCAGACGGCUACAUGAAGUCGAAUGAGCCUAUUGAUGCUCCUUACUCUUUUCCUUGGAGCUGGGCUGCACCAAUCACAUCCGUGUAUCUGAGAAUAGACGGGCCAGUGGCGAGCUAAACAGAUGAUGACAGCGCUGCAACGUCAAAGUCUGGAAUCAGUCAGUAAACAUUGGUCAUAGUAUUAUCCAAUUGUGUGCAUUGAUAUUUUCAGAUGCAUGCUGGGUACUGCCCCUCAAUGCAUUUUUCAUUACUCAUAGCCAGACCCUAAAUCUUUUGUCGAUGUAGGUCUGGAUUCCCAGGCUAUCAGGAUAUAGCAAAACAUUUCUAAAUAAUCAGUCAUAAGCUACACGAUUAGUUACGGCCUAAAAAUCGAUUAAUCUUGCAGCCAAAAAGCAGAGUAGCUUUGUUUGUGUCAGAACUCUGGGCAUACAAAUAAAAUAUUUCUGCGGUAGCCUACAUUCUACUGUAAGUUCUUUUAGCAUCAAACCAAUAGCAAAAUUGGCUGGCGAUUGUAUUCUGCCCUGCAGCUCAGGCUGGAAACCUGCACAAUUCUCUCUCCUGCUUCCUGUCCACGUUUGCUGGAACCAAUCACAAACUGGCAAACCCAGAUCGUUGGUCUGAUUGGUUGAAGGACUAUCCAAGCAUACAGUGAUUUGGCCUAUGCCCAUUGAUCACGCCUCUUGUGCAGUAGAAAUACAGCGCAGACUCACCAGACUACUUUUCGAUCUCAAAAGUUUGAGCUUAGUCUGGUGAUAGCCAGGCUAGAAGAGAGGAACUAAUCAGAGAGAACUCAAAUGCUUGAAUAUCGGUUAGAACAGCUGCAACCUUAGUAUACAGUAAUUGUUCUUAAACAUUUCAUUUUGCUGUUAGGAGACAAUAUCAAUUAACAAAACACUGAAUGGCUACAUUGGUUGUGCGGUGGUGGCUUUCUGUGGUGUUCAAUCACUCAGUGUUGAAUGUUAUAAAGAUACAGAUUCUCAUGUCACAUGAUAAAAACACAUUCGGUUUU